AUGAAUAACAUUUCUGAUAUUAACAACGGCUUAUUCGACCUUCAUCAUUUUAAUACGUAUUGUAAUAACAAUGAUAAUUAUAACAACAACUUUGGUUCUUGCGACAAAGAAAGUAUCAGCGAAACACCUUUAGCUUUUCAUGCUAGUAGCCCCUCGUCUUCCAUUACUUCUAAUACAGUUAACACGACCACCGCUAACACUCGUCGUCAACCUCGUGGCAAAAUAAAUAAGAGAGCGUGUAUGAAUUGUAGAAAAUUAAAAGUAAAAUGCGAUGGCGAUGCAUUGGCAGGCAAAGAUUGUACAAAUUGUGGAAAAGGAACUUGUGUUUUCGAUCAAUCUCCAAGGAAAAAUAGACAAGUUGAAAAUUUGACUAGACAACUUGAUGGGGUGACGGAAACUUUGGGCAAAACCCAAGAAAAUCUUGAAAAACUUCAAAAACAAACUGGCGAUAAGGAUGCAAAAAUUGAUAUUUUACAAUUGGAAAGAGAUAUUUCACGAUUGGAAAGAGAUAUUUCACAAUCACUAUUUAAAUGUCUUCUCCGUUUUCAACAUGAAAGUGUAUUAUUAACAGAUCUCUUAGAUAUUGUCAAUGAAAUUGGUUGUCGUCCGGUUUUAGAACUUUUGUCUAGUUUAUUAUCUCGAAUAUUGGAAGAAAACGGAGAUUUUAACAGAAAUGCCAGUACAUCUACAACACCAAUAAUGACUACACCAAUAUCAACUUCUAAUCAUAGUUUCUCAAAUGACAAUAAUAUUAUUGAUUCACCAGUGAUUUCGGAUAUUUUUACUCCUUCGACAAACGAAAAUAACAAUGGCUUUAAUUCGUCUUCUUUUAUCAUCAAUGAUGUAUAUUAUUUAUAUCAAUAA